UGCGUCGUGACUCUUGUCAUCUCUCGAUGGAUUGGCGCGGUCGAUACAAAUUGACGUGAAUACAUCCCUCUCACGCUUUUGAAAAACGACAAACUGCACGCCACGUCGACUCAGCGCCACGUUGUACUAGUACAUCUACAGCGGUCAUGUCGACGCUCUCUACCUACAAAUUGCCGAAGACCCUUUUUGCGAAUGCACCUCGAUGUGCCACGACGAGCAUGGCAUUUAGUCGUGCCGGUACGUACUUCGAUACGAAGAUGACGUGCAUUUUCAAGCCAGCGAUAGUCGAGCAAUGGACACAGCGGAUCAAAGGACAGAUCGUUUCGCUUGCUACGAUCGACAAUGAAACGAAUGAAGGAUAGCGUAAUGAGUGUCCCAGGACGCGAUGUUGCUAACCUGAGUCACCCAGAGUAUCAUCUUCCUCUCC